GAAAAGAGAAGAUUGGAAUAAGAGAGGUGAUCAGCCACAGCCGUACGCCGCAGCCGAAGAGAAGGUGCAGAUACCAUCUCGUAAAGUAUAUAUGAUCAGCCACGGGAAGAGGUUCGGAACUCAUUUCUCUUCCCCCGUACGUAUCACUCUCUGUCCACAUUCGAGUUGCCCUAACUUAUAGGUCGUCGUCGGACUGGGCAUAAGAGAGAUUAGGCUUGCUUAAGUGGUCGGUUAGGGCCCGGCAGGGGUAUACAUCAUAGUUGAGUUUGUGACUGGAUUUUGGUUCUGCCGACUGGAUUUUGUCACUGGGUAUAACCUUUUAUGCUGGGACUAAUUUUUGGUAAUUUUUUAGCUUGCUCUUGUUGGUUGCAGGCACUGGGAAAUAAUUAGGAGCAACCUGGUAUGUAUCCCUUUGGUGAUGCUUUCUCUUACGGGGGACAAAGAGGGCAAUGUGAACACUAGGGACUAGACGACAAAGGGCUGGAGCCUGGGACAGCUUUGGGAAAGACAAACAGUGGGAACAGGACGGGACAGCUCUGGACCAAAUGAGUUCCCAAAAAAAAAAAAACCUUAAGCGACGUUUCGGGGAUCCUUUGUGUCUGAUUUUAAAAAUAUGGGUCUCUCACUUCUGAAGUAAUCGAAUUAAGAUUCUUUUCAGUACACAAUAUAUCCCAACUAGGAACUAGGGUUUUGGAGUGCAAUUUCUCCAUCAACGGUCUGGAUGAACUUGUUGACUUUUGGAGACUAGAUUAACCUCUUCGUCAAAAGAGAGCUCAGUGACAUCGAAGCUAAUUCCCUCUAUCUCUGGAUGGGGAAUUUGUUACCGUUGGCUCAAAGGGGGUCAAAUUCCACCAAAAUGACGGAGGCUGUGGAUUGGGAAAGUUCUUCAGGCGGGGAGAGUGAAAACGAGGCCUAUUUACAAUAUAUUAAUUAUGAUGAUGACAAUGAGGAACAUCACUUUAAGUCUUGGUUUACAUCAAAGAUCCAGUUUAGGAAAGAUAAAUCGACGGCCUGUUGGAUCGAUGAAAUUGGAAUGGCUCAGGUUGUAGAAAACAAGGGUAAAAUGUGGAGGACAAUGGGGAUAGUUCGUGGCGGCAAGAUUUAUUAUACAAUUGAGGAAACUUUGUUUUUGAUGGAAAUAGGGGCAUUGCUUCUCAUGGAUGACAAUGACACAAGUCUUUCAAUAAAGGAUAUGUAUGCCAAGGUUAGUGGAUGCGCUUGGGAGUUGUUUGAAGUUUAUAGGCACCUGAAGUCCCUUGGUUACAUUGUUGGGCGGCAUGGUAUUGCUUGGUCUACAAAGGGUGUUAAGAGUAGCUCUGAAAGUGUUUCUCUUCAAGGCUCUCCACAAAGCAGUGAAGUGGACGUAGAACUAAAAGACAAGGGGUCCAUCAUCGGACUGUUUAAUGAUUUGCACAUUAAUGAAGCGAGGGCAGUUUUUGAUGUCUAUCUCCCAAACAGCAGGUUUAGAAAGUCCUCUCCUGGAAACCCGAGAUUUGUGCUCUGCUUAACUAGGGGUGAUCCACCAUCCAUAGCAGACGUUGAAGUCCUUGAGAGGCAGUGUGGAGGCUUUCCUUUACUGUUUUGUCAUGUAGAGUAUGGACGAGUGUGUUACUUUUCCUUUGAGGUUGCGAAGCUUCCCAUCCUACCUUGACCCUGCCAGCAUGGAUGCCGUGAUUAAUAGGUACAUCCAACAGAUAGCGAUAGCUUUUUAAAGCAAGGUUGGAGUUAUAAAUGUCUAAAAAGUAACAUGCAAUCACUGUGCUAUAAUGAUUUGACAUUCGGUUUAUAUAUGAUUGAGAAAUUUUGAGCAA